GGGAAGUCCUCACUGGUACAACUGCCCAGGUUGUCCAGCUUCUUGCAGCCAUCUUCACUGAAACUAAGGUUGUUAACUCCUCGCUCUCUAUGGACGGCUACUUUCUGUGUCCAAGGACGUGAAGACUUCCCAUGUUUCAUCUUCAAGUUCUCCUCAAUAAUUGGCAUCGCAGUGGAACACCAGGACUGGAGAUUCUCAUCUGGGUCAAUUAAAAAAAAGAAAGCAGCAUGCAAGACGACAACAUAGAAGCUUCCACUUCCAUAUCUCAGCUUCUAAGGGAAAGCUAUUUAGCUGAAACCAGGCAUCGGGGAAACAUCGAGAGAAGUCGGGCAGAGUCUACCCCGAAUCCUUUCCAUUUUGGUAGUCUUGGUGGAGCUGCUGGAGGAGGAGUUGGUCAAGAUGACCUUCCAGAUCUUUCUGCCUUCCUGAGUCAAGAAGAAUUAGAUGAAAGUGUCAAUCUGGCAAGGCUGGCUAUCAAUCAAGACUCUAUGGAGAGCAAAGCUGAUGAUUCCCAAUCUAGAAAACAUCUUUCUUCUGAUCAGGUGAAAAAUUCAACUAAAUCAAGUUCUGAUCCUAACUUCUACCAAUAUCACCCUGAGACUCAAGCCAACUCCAAAGAAAGCACUCAAGAGACAAAGAAGCCACAGUACACUUCAGAAACCCAGUCCAAAAAGGUGUUCCUAAACAAGGCUGCUGAUUUCAUUGAAGAGCUAUCUUCUCUGUUCAAAGCCCACAGCUCUAAAAAAAUCAGACCCCGAACCUGCAAAAACCACAAAAGCAAGGUGGAUUCUCAAAGUAAAGUCCCACAGGAAAACAGUGCCAGUUUUCCUGGUCUGUCUGAAAGACGAGAAAGAUCUUCUAUUCCCAUCCCCAUUCCUCAGGAUACCCAAGAUAAUGAAGUGAAUCAUGCCCUUGAACAGCAGGAGGCUGAGAGACUUCAGGAAAUUGAGCGAGUUACCAAUGAAACAACCAGUACUGAUGUCACCCCGGAUUCAUCGCCUUCAUCUUUGUACUAUGAAGAGCCUCUGGGACAACCACCACGGUUUACUCAGAAGCUACGGAGCAGAGAAGUUCCAGAAGGAACUAGAGUGCAGUUGGACUGUAUAGUAGUAGGAAUUCCACCACCUCAAGUAAGGUGGUACUGUGAAGGGAAGGAACUGGAAAACUCGCCUGACGUUCAAAUCACACAGGCUGGAAACCUGCACUCGCUGACCAUCACUGAAGCCUUUGAGGAUGACACAGGGCGUUAUUCGUGUUUUGCUUCCAACAUCUAUGGGACAGAUUCAACUUCUGCAGAAAUUUAUAUAGAAGGUGCUUCAUCGUCUGACUCUGACGGGGACAUUAGUAAGGAAGAUAUGAAUCGGGUCCAGAAGCCAAAUGAGGUGUCAUCACCUGCUUCUAAUUCUGCAGUCACCCCGCAGGAAGGAGCAGAAGCGCAGCCUGGUGCGGUCCGGCCUCAUGUAUCUACCAUCCAGCAGUGUCAGAGCCCCACAAACUAUUUACAAGGACUGGAUGGAAAACCUAUAAUAGCAGCUCCUGUGUUCACAAAGAUGCUGCAAGAUUUGUCAGCCUCUGAGGGUCAACUAGUCGUUUUUGAAUGCAGAGUUAAAGGAGCACCAUCCCCCAAAGUUGAGUGGUACAGAGAAGGGACAUUGAUUGAAGAUUCUCCAGAUUUUCGAAUUUUACAGAAAAAACCACGGUCUAUGGCUGAACCAGAGGAGAUUUGUACACUGGUCAUUGCAGAAGUGUUCUCAGAAGAUUCUGGGAAUUUCACUUGUACGGCAAGCAACAAGUAUGGCACGGUGUCGAGCAUCGCCCAGCUGACUGUGAGAGGAACUGAGGACCAUAGCAAUAAUGUGGCUCCCCUCAGAGCCAAUUCCAUGGGCAACUCAACUGUUGUCGAAAACCAAUCAUCCCCACCUAACCCAGAACCCCGUUGCAUGGAACAAUCCCCCAAACCCAAACUUGAAGGGGUUCUGGUGAAUCACAAUGAGCCUAGAUCCAGUUCUAGGAUCGGUCUUCGAGUACAUUUCAAUUUACCUGAAGAUGACAAAGCAAGUGAAGCAUCUACUGAAGAUGGAGUAGCAAUUGCUGACCUUUUACAGGAUCGGUUCAAUGGGCAGAUAGCAAGGAUACCUGAACCUUCUUCACCUGUCAAAGAGCCCCCUCCUGUACUAGCUAAACCAAAACUCGACUCCAGCCGGUUACAGCAGCUUCACAACCAGGUUCUCCUGGAGCAGCAGCAGGUGCAGCCUCUGUCCUGCUCGUCUCCUCUGAACCUGAGCAUGACCAACUCUGCAGCCCUGCAGGCCUCGGCCUCCAAACAGCCCCCGGGGCCCCGGGCGCACACCUUCACCUACACGCGACCCAAACAGUUCUUCCCGUCUGGUACCGCCCUGGCUGCCGCAUCCCCCGCCAGCUCUCCAGGGCCCACGAUCACGAGGACGGCCAGUAAAGAAAGCCUGGGCCCGCCCCCGGCACCCAGGCCCCUCGCGACUCUUCCCCAUCAGAACGAGCCGCCCUUCGGCGGUCCAGCGGAAGCCGCACAGCCGCCCCUCGCCUUCCCCGGCCCCGGCGGGAGCCACUUCCAGCCCCGAGUUGUGUCCCCCACUACCACGGUGUCGCCCACGGGCCGCAUCCAAAACCCCGUGGCCUUUCUCAGCGCCGUCCUGCCUUCUCUGCCCGCCGUCCCUCCCACGAACGCCAUGGGCCUGCCCCGGAGUGCGCCCAGUGUGUCACCCCAGGGGAUGAUAAAGAAAAAUCUAAGGUCUCCUCAGCCAGUGACAGAUGAACACAUUCGUGAAAAUAAGGCUGCAGUGAUUCAGGACUUGGAAAAAAAAAUGCAUUUCAGUGAUAUCCGAGCAAACCAGCAGGAGUACAAGAUUUCAAGCUUUGAGCAGAGGCUAAUGAACGAAAUAGAGUUCCGUUUGGAACGUACUCCUGUGGAUGAAUCUGAUGAUGAAAUCCAGCAUGACGAGAUCCCUACAGGCAAAUGCAUUGCCCCCAUCUUUGAUAAGAGACUCAAGCACUUCCGGGUCACCGAAGGCUCUCCAGUGACAUUCACCUGCAAAAUCGUUGGAAUACCUGUUCCAAAGGUUUAUUGGUUCAAGGAUGGAAAACAAAUUUCUAAAAAAAAUGAACAUUGCAAGAUGAAGAGAACGGGGGAUGGGACAUGUUCUCUGCACAUUGACUCAACCACCAGUGAUGACGAUGGAAACUACACGAUCAUGGCCGCCAACCCACAGGGGAGGAUCAGCUGUUCUGGCCACUUGAUGGUACAGACUCUGCCCCUGCGUGGCCGGCUUACACCAACUCAUUCUCACAGGGGGAGAGCCCGGAUGCAAGAAGGAGACAAGGAACCUUUACAGGAGCGAUUUUUCAGGCCCCAUUUCCUGCAGGCUCCUGGUGACAUGGUCGCUCAUGAGGGACGGCUCUGUAGACUGGACUGUAAGGUGAGUGGCUUACCACCCCCAGAACUGAUGUGGUUGCUCAACGGCCAGCCUGUACUGCCAGACAGCACCCACAAGAUGCUGAUUAGAGAGACUGGAGUCCACUCUCUGCUCAUCGACCCUCUUACCCAGAAGGAUGCCGGGACCUACACAUGUGUCGCUACCAACAAAACAGGACAGAAUUCAUUCAGUUUAGAGCUCACGGUAGUAGCCAAAGAAGUGAAGAAAGCACCUGUGUUCCUAGAGAAACUACAAAAUAGUGGUGUGCCUGAAGGCCAUCCUGUUCGACUAGAGUGUCGUGUGGUGGGCAUGCCGCCCCCUGUGUUCUACUGGAAGAAAGACAAUGAGACCAUCCCUUUUACCAGAGAAAGAAUCAGCAUGCACCAAGACACAACAGGUUAUGUCUGCCUCCUCAUCCAGCCAGCCAAGAAAGCAGAUGCCGGAUGGUACACCCUGUCUGCCAAGAAUGAAGCUGGCAUCGUGUCAUGUACUGCAAGGCUGGAUAUCUACGCCCAGUGGCACCAGCAGAUUCCACAGCCCAUGUCAGUACGACCCAGUGGCAGCCGCUAUGGAUCCCUCACCAGCAAAGGACUUGACAUUUUUUCGGCCUUCUCCUCUGUGGAAAGUACGGUGGUGUUUUCAUGCUCUUCUCAGAGUAUGGUGGAGAGUGAAGAACUUUAAGAACCUCAGGGCUCCUGCUGUGGAGGUGAAGGACUGUGAGAGAAGAGAAGCCCACCGUCAACAACAUGAAGAGAUAAGCCAAGACCCAGGAGGUUUCCAAGCAGCUAGUUUUUAGUAAGUUAUCACACAGCUGGACUUGUUGCGAGGGAUACUCUGAGCAAGCAGAUGGGGAAUCUCCCAGUCACAACAGAGGAGGAAAGGGAGUGACAAAGAGAAAAGAGGAGAUACAGGCUAACUAAACCCAAAAUACCACACGGUAGUCUGCCAUGACUCUGGGCAAAAGCUACUGCUCUGUCCGUCUCCUGCUGUGUUAGAGAUGCAUAGUGCUACACAACAUAUCCUCAGAGGCUAUAGGCUUAUGCUUAGAAGGUACGCACCUAGGGCCCCUAGAAUAGGUCUAACUUGCCAAAUUCAAGAGGAGGGAAAGAAGCUAAGAGAUCACGACCUACUCUCUCCAGUCAUGCUGAUGGUAGUAAUUUGAGGAGAGCUCAUCAAAUCCACUUUGUUAUAACAUCAUAGAGGGGUAACAUAGAACAUAUGUAUGUAAAGAAGCGACAUCAUCUUUUUCAUCUUGGCCAAAAUGGAACUACACAGUAAGUUGCUGAGAAUGAGUGAUAUGUUUAUCGUAGGCAUACACAACUACACAGUGAGAUAAAUUAAUAUCACAUAAUACAUUGAUGCCUAUCAUGCUAUCUGCUUCAUUCUUUUUCGAUUUCUGAGUUUGACUACUAAAUUAUGUUCACCAAGGACUGAUUUUCCAGCUUAUGUCAUAACCAGUUUAUUCCUGAUUUAGUACACCCCUGUAGCAUUGAACGAGUGGAGUACACUGGUUGAACUAGCCAAAAAGGAACUAUGGAGAAAUGCUGAGGAAUCUCCAGCAUCAAGAGUUACUAACAUAGGUUACUGUUUCUAAAAUGGGAAGAGGUCGUCUCAUAUUACAGCAACAACUUAGCACAAAGAGAAAUCAGAAAGUGAAGACCUCAUCAAAAGCCUUAAAACUGGCAAUACAAUGAAGAAAGAAGACAGAAAAUUAAGUUGAGGAAAUUAUAAAAAAUUCAUUUCAUCACCAGGGCAGUGGGCUAUUAGGAAAAGCAGCCAUUUUAUAUUUUUAACUGCUUUAAGAUCCCCAGCUAAAAGGUGGCAUCUAAGUAGAAAUGAUUACACUGAAGUAAAAAGUCAGAGGAAGGGGAACCAGCAUUUCUGAUUUUCAUCAGUGCAGAAUCUGCCCUGGGUUAGGGCAGAUUCUGCAGGGACAUGAGUUGAUGGUGUCUCUCUGUUCCCAGCCACUUGGCUGUAGGGAAAGUCUCUAGUCUCCUUUUCCCCAAGCUUCCCACAAAGGCCUAGGUAUCCUAGGAGCCUAAGGGCAAAGCUAUUCAUUUGUUGAGCUCUUAUUAUGUGAAGGGCUCCAUCAAAGGUACAGAAAUGAACAGGGCAUGAUUCUUGCCCUCAACAGAUGAACUAGCCACAAAUGACUGUCAUUCCUCCAGGCACAAGGGGUUGUUUCCCUGAUGCUAAAAUCUGUUCUCUAAUCAGAAAGGGCUUCUCAGUGAGGUUCUGUUUGCCUCUUUUCUGACUCUAAAAAUCACUUCAGAAAUGGGCCAUAAGAUGCUAGAUAUUCUAUCAUUAAGGAGUAAAGUUUUACUUAAGUUAUUUGGAGAAAAUGCUAGAUUUUUUAUUUGUCCAAAUAAGCCUCAUGGUACAUACAGAUAGCCAUGCUCUGUGGAACAAAUGCCCUGCGGCAGAAAGGACUACAAAGCCAAUUUCUACCCAAGGAAUCCUAUGUCCUUGUUGAUUUCUACUACAAAAUUGAAAUUUUUUUGUUAGAAAAAAAUAAUCAACAGAAUAAGUUUCAAAAUAUUUUUAGUAAGAAUAUUUUUAGCUAAUGUCUAGACCCGUUAUAUGCUGUAUAUGCAGCGUUGUUCUGACUCUCCCUUUACUACUUCAGUGGCCUCUCACACACCCCUUCUAUAUCCUAAACCCCCACAAGUCUCCAAAGCUGGGAGAUUCUUGGAUUUCUGAGAUUUGAAUCUCAGAACUCAGAUUUAUUUUCAUGUCAUUUGUUUGUUUAAUGUCUAUUAAUAACAAUAUCAAACUGUCAGAGUGGAAAUUACUUGAGGGAAAGGGCCAUUUGUAGAUUCCUCUGUCUCUAACAUCACCAAAAACACUCUCUUGCACAUAACCCGUAAUUAAUAAAUACUUGUUAUAUGAAUGAGCCCUUUUUUUAACCAAGAGGGACUGCAUUCUGAUACAGAAUGUACUCCAGCCUGAAAAUCCCUUUCUCGAGUUUGCAGUUUGGGUGUAGGAAAAGCAAAUUAGUGCCCUGACGUAUAAGGCUAUGAGUCUGAGAUUCUGUAAAAAGAAUUCAUGCAAAAGAUAGGAUGUAAUUAUAACAAAUUUAGUUCUGGAGAAUGGGGAAGGGGAAACAGAUCAGUUCCAUGUGAAUCACUAGAGCUACAUAGAAUUAAGUCUGUAGAGAACCACUUUAUCGCCCUGAACCAAGCAAUUUUAACUGACAAACAUUUAUUAAGCAUCUACAUAUAUUCCAGAUACAGUAUUUUCUAACUCUGACUCAGCAGAAUAAGAUAGAGUCAGGAGCCCAGGAGCCCCUGCCUUCUUACAGGAUUCAGUGGUUGCUGAAUUACCAUGAAUACUGACAAGGUUGAAAGACUACAUGUUGACUUUGUAGGACUUCCAUUUUGUUUCUUCAAAAUGGCACCUAGAGUCUGAAAGAGGCUGGUACAGCCAGACUGGCCUUUUGGGUAAAAAUACCAUAAAGGCAUUAUAUAAGGUAUAAAAUACCAUAGAGGUACUUCUUCCCUACCACACCAAAGGCCCUUUCUAUAGCCAGCUCUGGUUUAGGCAUCAAAAUCAGAUGUAGGGAGGAUAUAGGUAACUAAAAUUCACAGAUAACCUUCAAAUCUCACUUUAGCAAACAGUUAUAACCACUUUCUUUGAUAUUUUCUUUCAAAAUAUGCUGAAGCAAUAAUGUUGCUAGGAGUGCUGAUUCCCUCUGCCUCCACCCGUUCUUUUGUGGUUACCUAAUGAAAAGAGAAAUGGCCAGAAAGGAGAGGAAGCAAAAAAUCUGGGCAAAGCACGCAUAGAAUGCCUGGAAAUAUACAGAAUUAUCUCUGUUCAGAUAUUGCAGUUUUAGUGGCAUUGUGUUGUUUUCUUCAUCAGAACACAUGGCAAGCAAUGAGCCACAAUCCAGCCUUGUAAAGUUAAUUUCUUCAUGCUACUGCCCAAGUCAGAAAUGAUGCCAUCUAGCAAUACUGGACAACCAACCAGUGGGACUGCAAUAUAGGAAGUCCCUAAUUUAUAAAUGGAUAGUAUUCCAGAAGUUCAUUUAUAAGUCAGUUGGUUUUUAUGCAAAAUGCAUUUCCCCCCAGAAAUCAUUUUAAAGUGGUAGUUAGGAUCCCAGACCAGCCUGGUUAAUCUCAGACCUACAGUCCAGGGCUAUUUCAGAAGUUUGCAGCCUUCCAAAUCAUAUUAUGAAGCCUUUUGAAGGUGGUACCAGUAUCUUACAUAAAUAUUUUUGUGAAGAGAAACAAGUAAUAGUUAUGUAAACUUUUUAAAAGACAGUUGAGUUUGAGACUACUGAGUUAACCUUUAAUGUAGAGUACUAAAUUGAAUUCUGAGGCCUGGUAGCAGGGAGCUUUGUGAUAGAAAAAUAGGAAAAGAGAAAUAUAUAGUCUCCCUUUCCUGGGCAGAGACCUGACCCUAGGUAAAGUUUUUAAAUCCAGUUUGUCUUCGGUGCCAUCUCAUCUCCCUUUUAAAAAUCCCUCUUCUACCCUCGCUAGGGGGCACUAGCGCCUUUCUCUAAUGCCUCGUUCUGGCCCAAGCCUCCAAACCAAUCUCCUCACCUCCAAAGUUCUCCACCUCCCUUCUCUCUCCAGCUCUCUUUAGAAAGCCAGCAGUCUUAACACACUAAUAAGGCCGCCCCUAAGCCUCCUCAGAGAGAGGUCUUAGCCUUUUUAGGAGAGGAUGCUUGCUAACACAAAUGAGUCUCUAAUUAGGAGGAAACUAUAACAAUGUGAAAUGAAAAAUUCAGUAAGGUAAUAGAAGGUAUUUUGACCAGUAGUGGCUGCCACGUAACUAGGCUUGUGAUGCCUGGGAACUCAUCCCUGGACUUAGCUCCCUAAACUAUUCCUGUUGCUCGUGACUCCUCUUCAUCCAUUUGUGAACCCACAAAUUCUCCAAGAUGUAAUCUGAAGGCUCUGACUGAAGGCGUGGGGGCAGGGAAAGGAAUGGGAGUGGGAGAGAUCAGGACCACAAUCCCGGUGCUGAUACUGUGGGGGUGUCAGCUGACAGCUGUCCUCUCAGCAGCUCUGGAGUUGUCAGGGCCCAGACAAUUUCAGAUCUUUUAGGAAGGCAGCCAAAACACUUUCACCAGUAACAGGAAUGCUGACUUAGUUGAGGACACAGCUGAGCACAACUUUUCACUACUAAUCAUCUUUCUUUGUCAUUGGUUCAACAUUUCAGAAAACUAAUUCCAUUGUCUUUGAGGAGAAGAAAAGGGGGAUUAAGUCGAGUCUGAUUAAACCCCCGAUUUGGGGUUUUCUUGGCAAGACACUGGAGUAGUUUUCCAUUUCCUUGUCCAGCUCAUUUUACAGAUGAGGAACUGAGGCAGAGUUAAGUGACUUGCCCAGGGCCACACAGCUAGUAUGUGUCUGAGGCUGGAUUUGAAGUCAUGAAGAUGAGUCUUCCUGAUUGCAAGCCCUCUACUCUCUAACGCACUGAGGUGCCACCUAGAUGCCUUAUCUUUGUUUAGCAAAUACCAAAGAGCUUUUGAGCUCUGAUUGCCCCACCCCCCAGCCUCAUCAUUAUGCUAAUAAAGUUGCUAAUAUUGUGUCUUAACAGUUAAAAAAAAUACACAUGUUGAAAAUGUGUGUGCCCCUUAUUUCUGUCUAAUUAUAACAAUUAGCACAUUAGGUGUUAUAGCAGCAUAAGACAUACUGUUUUUGUUCAUGUGUGAAUAAUGGCCACUUCCUUCUGAGAAAGAACUGCAAAUUGAAAUUGAAAUUGCAAGAAUCAGAAACUCCUGAAUUUCAGUCCUCUGAAAAUUGUGUUAAUUGAUGCUAAUUGAUACUAACCAUCAACAAGAAGAAUGCGGUAGGCAUUAAAAACUGCUCGGGAGAGGGAGUCUACAGAUGACCAUCAGAUCGCUGUAGCUGACCAAUAGAAAACAAAGGAUUUAGUGUUUGUUAUUUACUAAAUUUAGAAAUUGAACAAGAUAAUGAAAUGGAAAUGAAAAAGAUUUUCAUGCUUCAAAUAAAUCUGCGUUUUUCUUUGCAGAAAAUAACUGGUUUCAAGAUCUAAAGUUUGCUUUGUGAAAAUAAGCAGAAUUAGAAUUUGAAAACAUUCAAAAAUAGUUUGCAAACAUGAGUCAUAUUCAAGUAAUUACAUAAAUGUGAACUAUUGUUCAAAUUAUGUUAAUAUCUGCAUGGUUCAUCCUGGUUAAGUUAUCACUGCAAUAGUUAAAGGGCAGGCCAGGUUCUUAUCACUUGAAACUUAAAUCCAACAAGUCUAGAAUUAUGCAGAAAUGAGGAGAAAACAUCCCAUUCUGUGAAGUUGGGUCUCUCUAAAAGGUAAAAUCUGCUAUAUAUUUUCUGCCAAUGAUAAAAAGAGCAGAACAUAAAAUUGGAGUUUGCAAGAUGGGGUGGCUCAUUUACCCAAAAACAUUGGAGAUAUCAGUGAAGCUGAGUGGUGUUUGAAUCCCCUUGGGAAACAUUGGUUAGUUCUGUACAGACAUGGCAAGGUGCAUUUGGAACUCUGAAGAACUUACACAUAUCCAGUGGACUCCCAGCCAACUCUUGGCAAUUCCCCACGGUUACUGUUGUGACAAAUUAGUCAGGUGCCCUGGCAGCCAAAGAGAUGUCAGAAUUUUGCUGUUUUAAGCAGGGUAAAGGACAAGAUGUUGACCCCUACAGAAGGUGUGGAGAUAACUUUAAUACAGCUAUCUCUCCUUACCAUAACAGAUGUGUUCCUGAAAAGUUGUAUGUAAAUCAAAUUUGUAUAAAGCAAGUGCCAAAAAACAUCUCAUCAAAAUACGUAUUGAUUUCAAAGAUGCUUUUAUCUUGUUUUCUGAUGAUCUUCAAUUGGUAGUAGAGACUAUGAUGGCCUAGCAUUAAGUUUUAUGGCCCAUAUUUCUCCAUCUCCAGUGUCUCUCUCAAGUACUUAACCCUCUGAAAAACACUUAAAUGCACUAGAAAAGUACUAGGAGACUGUAAUUAUGCUGCUGCUAAUUCUCCAUCUGAAACAUUUGGCACUAGUACAGUUAGCUUAAGGAGCAUCUCAGAGUCUCCUGUGCUUGAAUUUUCCCAAUAUUGGUUGCUUUCUAGUCCCAGUGCCACAAGGUGAUGAAGCAAGCUUGUCAUAGUAGAAACCCUCAAAAGUGGCAAAUUGAAAGAAAAAUGGUUCAAAAUCUUAAAAUGCAAAUUUCAAAUUAAAAUGCAAAUAGAUUGAGGUGAUUUUCAAAAUUCAAAUGUGUUUUCCUACCCCACCACUUUUUUGUUGUCUUUUUUCCUGGCAAGAUAAACUAUAAAGGUGAAACUUCUAUAUGUAAAGUCAUAGCCAAUAAACCAUUUGGAGAGAAAAAAAAAAAGCCCUCUUGAAAAAAUGCCCUACCCCUUUCUUACAAACAAAUUUCUGUUUUUCCAGAUAAGCCAGGGAAAUUUGUUUAACGACAAGACACUACAGCCUGCCUCAAGGAAGAGUUCAUUUGUCUAAACUCUGCCUCCUGCUUUUUGGGGCCCCUGGCUACUGGCUGUGGAUUUGAGUUCCCAUAGGAAGACCAAAUGCAGUCCCUGGUUUCUUUUCUGCUGUAGUGCAGGAUAAUUCCAUACACUAUUCUAGACAUAGUCAUGAAGAAGCUUGGUUGUGGGUUCUGGUGAUUUCUCACUAAGUGACCUCCAUGUUGAAAUCUGGGAUUUGGCACUGAGAACUACAAACCAAUGCAUGUCCUCAAAGAUUGGUAUCUCAUGUCUUGGUCUCUUCUCAGAAUAUUUUUCAUUCUUUUCAGAUGCUUCACAGUCUGAAUUUAACCCUAACAAAUGUAUUUUAUACAUCAGGACUAACUAAACGAUGUGCUUUAAAAAAGAAAACCAUCAUUUGAGUUCUAGUCCUGAAGGCAGUCACAGUUACUUGCUUCACCCUCCCUCCAAAAAAGUGAAAUGUCAUCAGUGUUUCCUUUCUAUCAAGCUACAUGAGCCCACGCCACUUGAAAACACUCCAGUCCCCAGAAGGUUCCCAAAUAUGGCGUGCCUCCUUAGGAGGAAGCUGGAACCCAGUAGUUUUCUCAAAUAUUUUGGAUAUUAAAAUCUCAAGGGAGAAAAAAGUAUAAGUAACCAUCCUGAAAUGAUUAAAAUACCUUUGUACUGUAUAUUUUGCCUAUGUUGCUGAAAAAAAGUGAAAUAAUUCUGGUUUCUUUACUUGUUACCUGACAUUGUGCAUGCUAGGUUUUCUGUAGAACUUGGAGCUAACACCACCUUUGGGCAAACUGUACCUAUGAGAUGUUACUGGUCCUUCUCAGAAGGUUCAGGGGGGACUGUAUGUACCCUGGUAGACCAUGUAAUUAACAACCAUGCUUGUUACUGUUUUCUAGACAUGCUUUUUUGAAGUUUUGUUGGUUGGUUUUGUUUUGUUUGGAAACUUUGCUUUUCAAGUUAUCAAGGAGCAGCUUAGUAAUAAAAAAAAAACCCUUGGGAUCUAUGUUCAGCUCAAACUGAUCAUUUUAAAGCAAUUGAGAAAAUAUAACGGACUGUUUCUUCUCUAAAUAAAGUUUUGCUUAUUGUCAAUUAA